AUGCUGUGGCCACGCGUCCAACUCCACGAACUCGGCGACCACUCCUGGUGCCCCGCCUGGUUGCACCACCAUGAGCAGUUUUCGCUAAGCCAACUUUGGAAUCUGCGCGUGCCGUUCUGGAGCCGUGGGAGCCUCGCGACGCAGGCCUGCGCCGUGAUCGAAGAGCAGCUGCGCGAUGUUUCGUCAUACACCAUCGUUGACAUCUGCGCGGGCGCCGGCGGCCCGACCCCAUUUAUCGAGUCCGAAUUGAACUCCAAGGCUGAAGCGCAGGGAAAAGAACCGGUGCGGUUCGUGCUCACAGACAUGUUCCCUCCAGUGGACGUGUGGAGCGCGAUUGCCAAGAAGCAGCCAAACAUCGAAUUCAUCGAGAGGCCCGUCGACGCACGGCAUGUGGGACGGCUGGCGGCGAACGACAAGAGAGAGUGUCGAGUGUUCAAUAUUUGCUUCCAUCAUUUUGACGAUAUGGAUGCGAGGGGGAUCCUGGGCAGUGCCUUGGACGAGGCGGAUGCAUUCAUUAUCUUCGAAAUCACCGCCCGCCAGGCCUCGACGUGCCUCUACUCACCCCUCGUCUUCUUCUGGGGCUUCUACGUCUCAUUGCUGUGGUACUGGCACUCUCCCAUGCAUCUGUUCUUCACAUUCCUCCUGCCUAUCGCGCCCUUGGCGCUCUGGGUGGACGGGUUCAUCUCGUGUCUGCGCACGCGCACCCCAGCAGAGAUUCAGGAUCUCCUUGCGAGUUCAGGGCGAGACCUUGACGGUUGGACCUUUAGCAGCGGAGAGAAGAACGUGCAGUGGCCGUUCAUUACGCUGUACUACUUUGUGGGAAGGAAUAACAGUAACAGUAACAGUAACAAUGAACAACAAACUGGCGAGUUUCAACUCAAUUUGUCCUGGAUCAAGAUGAAACGCAUCAUCAUUGUAGGAGCAGGACUCGGUGGUCUCGCCUGCGCGAUCGCCUGCCGGCACUUUAAUCCAGACACCCAUGUGCUCAUUCUUGAGCGAUCUUCUCAAGCGCGCGAGAUCGGCGCGGGGAUCCAGAUCCCACCCAAUGGCACCACCAUCCUCAAGCAGCUGGGUCUGCUACCGCAGACCCUAGAGAAAGGGAGUAGCGUGCAACAUGUUGACUUCCGGCGUUACGAUGAUGGGAGGAUCCUUAGAUCUAUGCCGUUUGGCGAUGGUAUCAUGGAGGAGUUUGGGGUGCCUUGGGUGAUCAUUCACAGGCAAGACUUCUACCAGCUCUUGUUUGACGAAGCAUCUCGCCUAGGCGUUGAGAUUCGCCUCGGCGCUGAAGUCGCGGAUAUCGCUUUCGGUACCACCGAAGUCGUCCUGGCUGGUGGUAAAAGAGUCACUGGGGACGUGAUUAUCGGCGCUGAUGGCCUUCACUCCCGAGUCCGCGACGCGGUCCUGGGCAUACCCACCACUCCGCAAGAGACAGGCGACCUGGCCUUCCGCGCAACCCUCAAGCGGACCCAGCUCGAGGCUCUCGAAGAUCCAGAGAUAGACGAUCUCUGCGGCCAAACAGCUGUGACUAGUUGGCUCGGCCCAGACAAACACACCAUCUUCUAUCCCGUUCGGCAAGGUGAGGAGUAUAAUCUCGUUCUUAUCCGGCCGGAUAAUCUAGAUCAAGGGGUCAAAAGAGUCCAGGGGGAUGUUGAAGAGAUGAGGGCCAGCUAUGUCGGGUGGGAUGGGAGAAAAAGGGUGCUGACCGAUGCCAAGGGACUCGUCGCCCUCCUCGGCGAUGCCUGCCACCCAACCCUCCCCUAUCAGGCGCAGGGCGCCGCAAUGGCAGUAGAGGACGGAUUCGCAAUCGCCAAGCUGCUCGGACUUUCAAACGCUCAUCUUGCAACCAUCGCAGACGAGCCUUCAAAAUACAUCCCUGAACUGCUCAAGAUUUACGAGGAUAUCCGAAAAGCCCGCACCACGCGCACCGUGCAAGCAGCCGUCAACAACAGAAAAGUCUUCCACAUUCCUGAUGGGAUCGUCCGGGCAGUACGGGACUUUGUUCUGGGGUAUGCUGGAGUGACGAGCAAGAGUGAUUGGACGUGGUUGUUCUCGAGCAGGAUGAGGCGGAUGCUGGUGCAUGAUCUAGAUGGGGAAUGCGAAAGAGAAUUCGACAAGUUUGUAUCAACAAGACGCUGAUCGUGGUGAUCUGUCUCAUGGGCAGCAGACUUCUUCUGUAUUCGAGGUUGAAGGUUGAAACAGGUUCCAUGACCAGGGAGUGGUCUAUCUAUUCUCCCGCACUUUGAGCAGAAUGUCUCUUACAUCGCGGGUAGUGAAUUCGCCCAUAUCUCAUAAAGCGAAGCAGACCAGGUAGUUGAGCAAGUAACGAAUAUAAUGAUCAGCGUCUGUAUCGGCUCGGCCUUGGACUGCUGACCUUCGCCAUC